AUGGCUACCAAGAACCCGAAUCCCCAACCUAUCUUUGUUUUUGUCCCAGGUGCCUGGCAUACCCCUGACACCUUUGACAUUGUCCGUGAUGUACUAGCCAAACGCGGGCAUGACUCGGAGGCUGUUCCGAACGUUUCUGUUGGCGCGACGGAUCCGUCGUUUGGCUUGUAUGCUGAUAUCGCGCAUACCAAGAGCGUGCUGCGGACUUUGGCUGAGCAGGGACGGCAGAUUGUCGUGGUGAACCAUUCUUAUGGAGGGCUUGUUGGUGCAGGUGCGGUAGAGGGUCUUGGUUUCAAACAACGGGAACAGGCAGGUUUGUCUGGCGGUGUGAUACAGGUGGUCUGGAUGGCUGCCUUUGUGGCUUCGAAGGGAAUGUCAAUUGUUGAUAUGCUGGGUGGCAGUUAUCUUCCCUGGAUGUUGUUGAAGAACCCGGACGACGGGUACUGUUACUCUUCUCAAGAGGAGACGAUGUUUUAUCAUGAUAUGACGCCCGAGGCUCAGAAGCAGGCGAUCUCAAAACUCAAGCCUCAUGCUAAGCCUGCCUUUUCUGAGAAGGUUGUUUAUGAACCUUGGCAUGAUAUGCCGUCUUUUUAUCUGUUCUGUGAUCAGGAUCAGGCUGUUUCUCUGCAGCGUCAGGAGAGUCUUGCUCAGAAGUUGGGAAAUCCGGGAACUUACAAUGCGGAUGGGUCGCAUUCUGCUUUCUUGAGCGUGCCGGAUCAAGUGGCAGAUGGAUUGGAACUUGCUUUGAAAGAGGGAUUGGAAAAGAGAGCUUGA